GGUGAUCAAUCGGAGAAAGGAACAAAGUGGCCGAAAGUGCGCAAAAAGAUGACGCUGAAUCCCCUUAUCGCUUCUUCCUAGCUAUCUCCGUUAAUUUUUUCUCGGCUUCGCUCGCCUUACUUUCCAGGGGCAACCAAUGGAAGAAAGGGACUAUACCUCAUCAUUGAUAGGGAAACAUUGCAAAAGAGUGCUCACUUCUUUGCCUUUGCUGCUCACUGUUUGUUCAUAUGCCUUCAAGAAGCAUGGAUAUAUUUUUUUUUUUCACUUGCGUCACAGAGAAAAAGCACUUGGAAGUCUCCACUUUUCUGUGCAAAAACUGGAUGCCAUGUUGCCACCUGGUUUCCGAUUCCACCCUACAGAUGAAGAGUUGGUAGGGUACUAUCUGAAGAGGAAGAUUGAUGGGUUAAAUAUUGAACUUGAGGUUAUUCCAGUGAUUGAUUUAUACAAGUUUGAUCCCUGGGAACUACCUGAAAAAUCCUUUCUUCCAAAACGAGACAUGGAAUGGUUCUUCUUUUGCCCACGAGAUCGCAAAUAUCCAAACGGCUCCCGCACAAACAGAGCCACAGUUUCAGGAUAUUGGAAAGCUACCGGAAAAGAUCGAAAAAUUGAGUGUGAGUGUGCAGUAUUUGGACUGAGGAAAACUCUAGUGUUCUACGUUGGACGAGCACCCGGGGGAGAACGAACUGAUUGGAUAAUGCACGAGUACCGUCUUUGCGAAGAUCUUUUCCAUGGAUCCUCAAAUUUCCUAGGUGCUUUUGCCCUGUGCCAUGUAGUCAAAAGAAAUGCAAAUUGGUUGAAAAGUGGUGACCCAAAUGGAGAAUCCAAAGCACAAAGGAACUUGAUUGCUUCAUCAAGCCGCAAAAGGGACUACGACAAUUUCUUAAAUGACACGGAUGAAAAUUUGUCCCUUGAAUUGCUCAACGGAAGCAGUGGUUCUUCGACCAUCACCUCUUCUGAAUCUGCUGAGCUACAUCCUAGUCUGCCACAAACUAGUGAUAUGGGCAACAUUUCAGAUGCACCAAAGACAACCUCAGUGCCUUUGGAGAUGAACCACACAGAGGAAGCUUAUGAAUGUUUGUCACCGUUUCCAAGUCCUGUGCAUUGCAUGGAAAUGUAUAAUACUUGGGAAGACAUCACUUUUCAGGGUUGGAAUUCAACAGAGUUCAUUGAUAUAUCAUGCAGUGGUGGUGAUGUUUUCAGUGUGAUGAGAUCACCUCCAAUUUGUAGGCAGGCGAGUGAAGAAGAAGAAGACAACUUGUGGUUGCAGGAAGAUAACACUCUGGUGACCGUAAUGUAA